AUGAAUCAAACAUCAUUAUUGAAACAUUUCAAGUCGAUGGAUGAUAUCAUCAAUAAUGAUCAACACAACUAUCAAGCAUUGCCAAGAGUAGAGACAUCGUACAGUUAUUCUCGAUCACGUUACAAUCAAUACGAUAUUAUGAAACAGAGUAAACAACAAAACAAUCAAGCAAGCAACCAUCAACAUGAUUCAAUGAACCCAGACAACCAAUUCAACAAGAUAUACACAGACAGGUUAGAAAAGUUGAGACCUGUACUAGCAGACAAGGUUGCAAAGAUUUGGAAAGGUACUCCUGUCAACAAGAUUCUUCAUGUUAAACCAGGUGAUGAAGGUAUCUUGGUUGGUACUCUCUACAAAGAAAUGCCAUUAAAACCAAAUAUCUUGAAACAAUAUGCUGAAAAUAGAGCAAUAUUACCAUUACCAGUUAAAAAGGUAUCAUCUUAUAUUUCAGAUGCAGAUGUAUUGUUAUUUGAAGAUGAAACAGGUAGAAUUAAACUUAUUUGUGACAAGUCAAUGGUUGAUGGAUUACCUACAGGAUUGAAUGUUGCCAUCAGAGGAAAGGGACUACCAGGUGCAGAGUUUCAAGUAUACGAAAUCAUUACACCAGGUCUACCAUCUCAAAUGUUUGUUACCAAUGGUGUUCACGGUCCAGACAACAAAGAUAUCAAUGAUGAUGUAUACGUUUGUUUGGCAUCUGGUUUAAAUAUUGGUGAUCCAAAUUGUCAACUUUCAAACAAUUUAUUAUUAGAUUAUAUAACUGGAAAUCUUGGUUCUCCAAGUGACCAAAAAUUUGUAUCAAAAAUAUGUAGAUUAAUUAUAGCAGGAAAUUCAAUUCACAAAGAACCAAAUCAAGAUUUAUCAACUAGAUCAAGAACAAAACAAGAAGCUACUGCUAAAUUACAAAAAUUGGCAGUUCCAAUUAAAGAAUUGGAUAUGAUCCUUAGUGAAAUGUGUCAAUCUCUUCCUGUUGAUAUUUUACCAGGAGAAAGUGAUCCAUCAAUUCAAUCAUUACCACAACUUCCAUUUAAUGCUUGUUUAUUCCCAUUUAGUGCACAAAAUAUAAAUUUUAAUCCAGUUACCAAUCCUUAUGAAUCUGUUAUUGGUGGAAAAAUAUUUUUAGGAACAUCAGGACAAAAUAUUGAAAAUAUAUCAAAAUAUAUGAAUGUAUCAAGUAAAUUGGAAUUAUUACAAAAUACAUUGGAAUGGAGGCAUUUGGCACCGACAGCACCUGAUACAUUAUCAUGUGCACCAUUGGAACAAGAUCCUUUUAUCAUUGUAUGUUGUCCACAUGUUUAUUUCAUGGGUAAUGGUGACCGAUUCGAAUCCAAAUAUAUCGAAGGUGAAAAUGGAGAACAAGUUUGCAUUGUCGUUGUUCCCAAAUUCUCUGAAACUGGUACUGUAGUACUUGUCAAUCUUAGAACUCUUGAAGCUACUCCAGUUCAAAUCAAUCCAACUUCAUUUUUCCCUCAUUCUCCAAAUUUAAAUUAA